AUGCCACCCCACCAAUUACAAGUCGGCAUCGUCGGAGCAGGCAUCGCUGGCCUCGCCGCCGCCGUCGCCCUCUCCCACGCCGGCCACUCAGUCAGUGUCUACGAAAAGUCUCAAUUCCGCAACGAGACGGGCGCGGCCAUCAUCAUCGGCCCCAACGGCAGCCGGAUCCUCUCCAAAUGGGGCUUCGACUUCGCCGCCGCGGGAGCCCUGGAUUACAGCCAGAUGCGCCGGCUGAGAGGCGACACGCUGGCGCUCGACUCGGAGGAGUUCUUCACGGAUAUCACGACCAAGUACGGUGAUCGCUGGCUGCUCUUCCACCGGGCCGACCUGCACACGGGGCUGAAAACGCUGGUAUCUGCCACGCACGCGGAAAUCAAUCUCGGCGUCGAGGUCACGGACGUGGACGUCGGGCGUGGGAUCAUCUCGUUCGCGAACAGGGAGACCGUCACCAAGGAUUUAGUGGUUAUCGCGGACGGGGCGCACAGCGAACUCAUUUCCAAAGUACUGGGUCGGCCUUGCCCGGUCAACAAGUCCCCGAUGUCGAUGUAUCGCUUUCUGCAGCCUAUGGACAGGAUCCUCGCGCACCCUGAGGCAGGGCAGUUCUACAGGGACCAACCCCCGGGGUUCACGACGUUUUACAAGACCGAAGUGGGCCGCCCGGGCCUGCUGAUCAACACGUACCCUUGUCGUGGCGGAGAACUGUUGUAUGUCGCGCUCGUUCACCCGACCAAGCCGGCCGAAAGGGGCCUCGUGGGAUGGGACUCGCCGGCGGAUGUGGACAAUUUUUUGGCCGACGCCAAAGAUUUCCACCCGGCCGUGCAGGCCGUGUGCGACGGCGCCACGGACAUCAAGGUCUACACGCAGAUGUGGCGCGAUCCGGUCGAGCGGUUCGCCAAAGGCCGCGUCGUGCUGAUUGGCGAUGCGGCGCACCUGAUGCUGCCGACGCACGGCCAGGGCGCGUCCAUGGCUUUGGAAGAUGCCAUGGCUCUGCAGGUGCUGUUCACCGGUGUUGAGUCUCCUGCGGAUGUGCCCUCGAAGCUGGAGGUGUUUGAUCGCCUUCGCAUCCCGCGCGUCAGUGCCGUGCAGGUCAUGUCCAACAAGAUGAUGGGCCCACCGGACAAGAUGAUAUCCGAGAUCAAGCGGUAUUACGGCGGGGAGAUCCCUGGGCCGAAGGCAAAGACGUUUUCGAAUGAAUAUAAUGAUUUCUUCUUCCUGUAUGAUGUUGAGAAUGAGGCGAAGAAAGCGGCCGCGUGA